CAUUUUAGCAACACUGGUUCAAGUAGCAAAAAGAAUAAGAAUGAAGAUUAUAAGCGUUAUUCAUCAAUUGAAGGCGUUCAUAAUAUCGUUCAUAAUAAAAUCGGUGGACCAAGUGGUCAUAUGGCAUAUACUGAGACUGCAGGAUUUGACCCUAUAUUUUUCCUUCAUCAUGCAAAUGUGGACCGUCUUGUUGCAAUUUGGCAAGUUUGCAAGUCCAAAAAAGAUAGCUGGAUGAAAAAAGACGGUAAAUUAGACGAAAAUACCAGUCUUGAGCCAUUUACAGGUUGGACUUCAAAAAAAAAACUAGAACUCGGAUACACUUAUCCUGAACUUGGGAUCGGUGAAGACCCAGAUCCAGAUAAGCUUUUGGAUAAAAUGCUGAAAUUUUACCAACCUACGCCUAUUUCGGAUCGCAAGUGGACGGUCAGCAUUAGUGUGAUGAAGAAUGAAGUUGGCUCGCCAUUUGAAAUUCGGGUAUUUAUUGAUUUACCUGAUAAUUCACCAAUUCCUCCUGUUACCAGCCCCAAAUUUACUGGUUUUAUAUCAAUAUUUGCUUGGAAUAGUAAAACAAAUUGUCCUAGUUGUGAUGCCAAUCCUAAUGUAUUAGUGAAUGAUAGUGUUGACAUUACUGCAUGCUUGUUAAGACUUAAUCUCGUUAACGAAGAAAAUGAAUUGGACUGGCCACCAUACAAUAAAGAAAAACCUUUGCACAAGCGAAUUUCUCUUGUGCCUGUGUUGUUGGAUGGAAGUCCACUGGUGAUGAAAGAAGUUGGUUUAAAGGCUGCGCAUUGUUGGGAUCUCAAAAUUCGUGGUAGAGCUGUAGAAUAUAUUAAACUUGGUCAAAUAGUUUAA